AUGCCUGUUGCAAAUUCUCCUGAACAGAAAGUGAAAGCAGCACAUGAAGCAUCGGAGACGCUUGAUCGAGUCAGGGCAUUAGAUACACGACUUCCUGAUGUGGGUGAUUUGUUCACGGCAUCCAGUUCAGGCUCGUAUUCCAUUCCUGGGGCAAAUGCAGUGGCACCUUUCCUCGUCAAACAAAAUAUCACCUUGCCUCCAUUGGGUCUUGAACAUUUACGCAACUGGAAGUCAGACAACUCGGCAGGCAUCUUUCCAGAGAUAGAACGUGCAUUCUUCACGGUGGAGAAUCGAUUAUACUUGUGGAAUUACAUGGAAAGGAAGGAUAUAGACACAUAUGAAGAAUCUCAUCCCAUCAUUGGUGUUGGAUUGGUCAAGCCAAAGCGUGAUAUCUUCAAUCCCGAUAUCACCCAUGUCCUCGUCAUAGCAACAACAUUGCAUAUCAACGUCGUCGCCAUUUCUUUCAAACGAUCACCUUCUGGAGCAACUCAGCUGACAUUCUAUCGCACCGACAUGUUCACAUCCACCUCGGGAGAAAUCAUUUCAACCAUCAUCGGUACCAAGCAAGGUCGUAUCUUCAUGCUCAGUAAACAAGGUCGCGUUUGGGAAUUGGAUUAUCGAAGAGAAGAAGGGUGGUUCACAAGCAAGUGUUCAAAGAGGGCAUGUCCAGGAAUAGCAAGCUAUACUACUUUCUUGGAAUUCUCAUCCGAACCAUGCAUCGCCAUUGCUGCUGACGAUGAGGGACGCGUCUUGUAUCAGCUUUUUGAAAGUUCAGCUAUCCAGGUGACCUAUCUAGGAGAAGAUGGUCUUUCCUUCAAGAAUGUUGUCAAGAACAACAAGAUCCACACAGCUGCUCGUCUCAUGUGCCCUUCAUCCACGGACAUUAACGACUUUAAGAUUUCUUGGAUCCAACCCACGACACCCGCCGAAGCCAAAAGUUACCAACUUGUGGCAGUAACGUCUACCGGAUGUCGUCUUUACUUUACCUACUACAGCCAGGGAUCCAAGUCGAAAGGUGCACCCAAUACGCUCGAGCUAGUCCAUGUACGCACACCACCACCCACGUUACCCGAAUCCACCUAUUUGUCUUCAAGUUUGUAUAAGCAAGGGGUCUUUAUUGCUGUGGGCAAGAAAGAGGAGAAGCAAUUCAUUGCUGUUGCAUCGCCAGAUAUUGGAAAAAUGUCGACAAUGGGAGCCCAUGGUGGUUUUUCAGAGUUCACCAAUUGCUUAGAUAUCAAUGGGGAUGUGAUUUCCAUGGCAGAAAUGUCCGCUACAGAAAUGGGUCUCAACGAAUUAGCUGCUCAACCUACUGGAUCUCCUCGACACUUUUUGCUAUUUACGACUGUCGGCAUAUGGAUUGUGAUGAAGCAACGCCCUGUGGACAUUUUACACCAUUUGCUCAUGAGCAACUCCAUCAAUGGCAUCGUACAACCAAGAGAUUUCCAAAAUUUCUUUGAACUCUUCGGCGACGUCAAUUCAUCAGCAUUGUGCUUCCAAUUGGUAUGCAGCACUUCCAAUAUCAGCAUGAACACAGAUGCUUUACAACCUUUGAGUACAUCUACCGAUGCGGUGAAGGGUGCAACACAGCUAUUAGAAACAUUGGGACAAUCACGGUCGUCUUUGAGCCAAUCAGUGACCUAUUCAUCUCGACACGAUGGUCUUGCUCUCUUUAUCAGUCGUCUUAUUCAGCCAGUUUGGACCAAGCGUUUACUUUCAGAAAAAAUCGAUGCCGGUCGAGUCUCGUACAACAGCUUACUUUCACGAGAGCUUUUAAUAUCUACACAACAAAUUCUACGUAAACUUCAAGGAUUUAUGAACCUUAACGUUACGCUAUAUCCCCAGGCCGAAUCACGUGCUCCAGAAGAGCAUUCUUUACGCGAGCUGCAUGACCUUGUAGUGCUACUAUCUGAUGCCAUUUCAUUCUUCCUUUAUCUCCUGGAUAACAACACAUCAAAGGUUCUCACAAGCUUGAAACCUACGACUCGAGAACGCUUCUUGUCAUCUACAUUUAAAGACUUGAUCACAACCAACGACGGACGAUCCAUCAGCAGCGAUUUGGCAUUUGGCAUCAUUGACGAGACUUUGGCACGCUAUGGCAAUUUGGACAUUGUGAUUGAUAUAUUGGAAAAGCAUUGUGGAUCCUUUUGUGAUGCAUCCGAUGCACUUUUAUACAAGGCGUACAAGCACAUUGAAGCUGCCAAAGGAGAAGUCAGCGCACCCCGAGCUCGUAGUGCCCUUGAAGAGUCUCUCCAGCUCUUGAAACGUAUAGCAGUCCAUAUCCCCUACGAAAAGGUCCGCGAGAUUGCAAAGAGUUAUUUGGCUCUAGGUGAACCUGUCCUUGCAGUAGAACUCGUCAUAUUUUGCGUCAAAUCGAGAGAACCUCCACAUGCAUCAUCCACUGGAUCUGAAUUCCCCGCCAAACAAGAAGACAUGAUGUUUAUGCAUCUACGACAUCCCUUUUACGGCUGCCUAUGCGAAUUGUUAAAGGAAACCAUGGAAUCAACAUCCAUUUCUGGAUCACAAAAAAGUCAAGCAUUCCAAGUAGUAUUUGGUGUUGAUAACGUGGACCUUCAUCGUUACCUCUAUGAACAAUUCAUCCAUGCCAACCUGGGUCCUGAGCUGAUAAAGCUUAUGCCACCUCGUUUGGAAGAAUUCCUUCAGUCAGAGCCACAUACCAUUGAUCGAAUUGAACUUUUGGCGGAUUUCUAUCGAUACACUGAGCAAUACGAACAAGCUGCAUAUACAUUUGGAUGGCUGGUAGAGAACAGCUCCAAUGUCUCUAGGGAGCGCCAAAUUGAUUGGUUAACAAGGGCGUCUGUUUGUGCAAAAUCAGUUUCAUCAGCAGCAAAACAAUUCGAGAUGCUCACACUACAAAAGCAACUCGACACGAUGUUGACGGAAUUACGUGGAUAUAGUUGA